AUGAGUACUAGUAACAAGAAAUCUUGGAAAGUAUUUUGGGACUUGCAGUGUCCCUUUUCCAAAAAGAAUUGGGAAAAACUGUCGGAAAUCAAGGACAAAUUCGGAUCCGACUAUGAGUUUUCGAUUCAUUUGACGUCGCUGCUCUUUCAUCCACAAGCAUUUACGGCCCAAUGUGCCGCCAGUUUGAUUGAAAACAACAAGGGCGCCGACGGCAAACACAAAUUCAUUACGGCAUGUAUGGAACAACAAGAAUCCUUCAUGAACGCUGCCGUUGGUGAUGCCCGCAAGAGUGAAGUCGAUCUCAUUUUUGCCAAUAUUGCACAAGACUGUGGAUUCUUUGACGCGGAUGACGGCUUUACGAAAGACUUCUUCUUGGCCAAUUUACAUGACUGGGAAUUGGCCAUCAAACCAGCAUGGACCGAACACAAAGAAGCAUUGGCACUCGGAGUGGUUUCCACACCCAAACAAGUCAUUGAUGGCGUCUUGAUUGCCGAGAGUGAAAGUAGUUGGGGAGCACAAGAAUGGCAAGACAAACUCAAGUCCAUGUAG